CAAUCUCAAAAUGAAACCAAAUUGAGUUCGGAGUCGUUCUCCUCCGGUUUUUGGACGUGUCCUCAGCGUUCAGCUUAGGGUUCAGCUGCGCUCGAGGGCACUGGUCAUUUGCCUCUCCUACUCCACAUUAACAAACACAUCCUACCUUAAUUUCCAAUUAUUGCAUGCAUAUAAGAACAUCACGCAACUCACUGAUUUGCUUCAUAUAAUUCUGGUACCAGUGCAAGGAAGAGCGCGUCGGACAUGGAAUUUUUCAGAAAUGCCAAAGUGGUACGGUUACGAAGCCACCAUGACAAAUAUCUAUCAGCAAAUGAAGAUGGAGAGACUGUAACACAAGAUAAGGAUGGAACAGCCACCAAUGCUAGAUGGACAGUGGAGUUUGUUAACCAUGCAGACACUCUGCGUUUCAAAAGCUGUUACGGAAAAUACCUAAAGGCGUCAAGCUUGCCAUUCAAACCAGGCUUGAGAGGCAUUAACAAAGUCCUGCAAACCAAGCCAAGGAGAUUGGAUUCUUCUCUGGAAUGGGAGCCUGUAAGUGAUGGAUAUCAGGUCAGGCUCAGGACGCCCUACGGUCAAUUCUUGUGCGCCAAUGGGGGCGUUCCACCUUUGAGAAAUUCGAUCACGCAUGACGCCCCUCAAAAAACUGUGAGGCAGGAUUGGAUUCUAUGGGAUGUAGAUGUCUUAGAGAUGCGUUCAGAAGAUGAUACAACAAAUGAUGACGCAGAAUCUUCACAAUCAGAAGAACCCAGAUCUCCACCGGGAGACAUUAAAAUGCCUUUAGGAAAACGGGGCAAAAUUCGCAAAGAAGUUAAAGAAAAUGUUACUCGCAUUUCUGAUAAAAUAUCUUCGAUUAAAUCGAAAGUAACAGUUAAGGUGAGUCAGAAGAGGCGGCCGCCUAAAGUCCAAUAUUUUUCCGAUAAGAAAUAGUCCCAGUUUUCUGUCUACGUAUUUAAAAUGCUAUGACAAUGCAUGUACGAUCGGGGUGAGAGUUGUUUGUUGAAGAUAGUGCUACUGCUACAUUAAUUUUUUUAAUAUUUAAAUAAACAUCUCAAAAUCUCAAAUCCAGCCUCUGCCUCAUCCCAAUAAUGAAGGG